AUGGUUAAUAUAGCUUUGAAUAAACCGACAUGGCAAUCAAAGCAAUAUUAUCUAUGGUAUGAUCGAUUCGACUCCAGCAAUGCGGUUGAUGGACUUAAAUCUGACCUGAGUGCAUGGGGUGGACAGUGUGUCAUGUCAGAACGCUUUCAGAGAACUUCCACCUGGUGGGUAAACUUGACAUCAAUCCACAGCAUUCAUGACAUAAGGAUCUAUUACAGGACGGAAAAUGAUGUAUGGAAUGCAUCCAACGUCUACACAGAAAGAUUUCUUGGAUUUUAUGUUUUCGUAUCUAACACAACAGAGAGAUUGAAUGGUCAAUUAUGUUUCCAUGAUACAGAUUAUAAUAAAUCUACUAUACCUGCCGUAGCCAAUAUAACAUGCCCAGUACAUGGACAAUACGUCAUUUACUAUAAUGAGAGACUUUCUAAUGUCACAUAUCCGGUUGGAUAUUCCACUGAUGCCCAUAAUGAACUCUGCGAGGUGGAAGUUUUCGGUAUAUGUGAAACUGGCUUUUAUGGAUCGAAUUGUUCUCUCCCCUGUCCUGAAAACUGUCGUUCUUGUCACAUAGAGACAGGUGCUUGUACGUGGUGUAAACCUUGA